UUCAACCAUUGCAUUGCAGAAUACAAACCAUGAAUCCACCCUCUUCCUUUGCAUAUUAGCUCCAUUUUUACAACACACAAAGAAAACCAGAAAAAUACAAAAUCCUCAGAUGAAACUAUUAAUAAUGUUUCACUUUUUACUCAUUUUCUUCCUCAUACUGAACCAUGCACUUGCAAAUUCUCAGUUUAACCUCCAUGAUGAAGAACAUGCAAUCCUACUGAAGAUAAAACAACACCUUGAUAAUCCACCAUUGCUCAGUCAUUGGACCCCAUCAAACACAUCUCAUUGCUCUUGGCCUGAGAUCACUUGCACCAAUGGUUCUGUCACUGGAAUUUUUCUAGUUGACACCAACAUCACUCAAACCAUACCACCUUUCCUAUGUGACCUCAAAAACCUCACACAUGUUGAUUUCAACAACAACUACAUUGGUGGAGGGUUCCCAACAUAUAUCUACAAUUGUUCCAAGUUGGAGUACAUUGACCUGUCAAUGAACAACUUUAAUGGAACCAUUCCUAAUGACAUUAACCGCUUGUCGAAUUUGCAGUAUCUUAACCUCAGUUACACCAAUUUCACCGGCGAUAUACCUGCGAGUGUUGGAAUGUUGAAGGAACUGAGAUAUCUUGCUCUUCAAAAUUGUCUGUUUAAUGAAACCUUCCCUGAUGAGAUUGGAAACUUGUCCAAUCUUGAAACCUUGGACUUGUCUUUGAACUUGUUCCUUCCUUCAAGAUUGCCCACAAGCUGGACCCGGUUGAGGAAAUUGAAGAUCUUUUACAUGUUUGUCUGCCAGCUGGUUGGGGAAAUUCCUGAAAGAAUUGGAGAGAUGGUGGCUUUGGAGAAAUUGGAUAUAUCACAAAACAGUUUGAGUGGGCCAAUUCCCAGUGGAUUGUUCAUGCUGAAGAAUCUGAGUAUAAUGUUUCUUUACAGGAAUAGUUUUUCUGGGGAGUUACCUGCAGUGGUGGAGGCAUUAAACUUGACCAUCAUUGAUCUUACAAAUAACAAUCUUUCAGGGAAAAUACCAGAUGAUUAUGGGAAUCUUCAAAAGUUGACUGGCUUGUCUUUAUCUAUAAAUAACCUGUCAGGGGAGAUACCACACAGCAUAGGCCGCCUUCGUCUGAUCGAUUUUCGUGUCUUCAUGAACAACUUGUCAGGUACUAUUCCUCCUGAUCUCGGUCGCUAUUCAAAGCUUCGAUCUUUUCAUGUUGCAAUAAACAAUUUAAGGGGAAAGCUACCAGAGAAUUUGUGCUAUCAUGGGGGGCUACGUAACUUAACUUGUUAUGAAAACCAUAUGACUGGGGAGUUGCCAGAAUCACUUGGAAAUUGUAGUACCCUUCUGGAUUUAAAAAUUUACAGCAAUGAGUUUUCUGGCACCAUUCCUAGUGGUCUUUGGACUUAUAAUUUGAUUAAUUUCAUGGUAAGCAACAACAAGUUCACUGGUGAGCUCCCUGAAAGAUUGACUUCAAGUAUUUCACGCGUUGAGAUAAGCAACAAUCAGUUUUAUGGUAGAAUUCCAAGGGGAGUAUCUUCCUGGGAGAAUGUGGUAGAGUUUGAAGCCAGUAAUAACAACCUUAGUGGAAGUAUUCCUCAAGAGCUAACAGCUCUUCCCAAGUUAACAAAGCUGUUUCUUGAUCAGAACCAGCUCACAGGGCCACUUCCAUCAGAUAUAAUAUCUUGGAAGUCCCUAUCAGCUCUAAAUUUGAGCCAAAACCAACUCUCUGGACAAAUACCGGACGCAAUUGGUCGGCUACCGGUCCUUAAUCUGCUUGACCUUUCAGAAAAUCAAUUAUCUGGCCAAAUUCCUUCCGAACUUCGCAGACUCACAGAUCUCGAUCUAUCCUCCAAUCAUCUGACAGGGAGGAUUCCAACUGAUUUUCAAAAUUCUGCGUAUGCUAGCAGCUUUUUGAACAAUUCUGGCCUCUGUGCUGAUACCCCAGUCAUGAACCUUACCUUGUGCAAUUCUGGUCCUCCAAGUUCAAGCAAGGACUCAUCUACGCCUAUUGCUUUGAUAAUAAGCCUGGUUGCAGUGGCUAUCUUAAUGGCUUUGCUGGCAUCAUUCUUGAUUGUCAGAUUUUGCAGAAAGAAAAAGAAAGGAAAGGACAACUCAUGGAAGCUUAUUUCCUUUCAAAGGCUGAGUUUCACUGAAUCAGACAUAGUGUCCUCAUUGACUGAGCAAAAUAUUAUUGGCCGUGGUGGAUACGGUACGGUGCACCGCGUUGCUAUUGAUGGUUUAGGCUAUGAUGUUGCUGUGAAAAAGAUUUGGGAAAACAAGAAGCUAGACCAGAAUCUUGAGAGCUCAUUCCACACUGAAGUUAAAAUAUUGAGCAACAUUCGGCAUAAAAACAUUGUGAAGUUGUUGUGCUGUAUCUCUAAUGAGAAUACAUUGCUUCUUGUCUAUGAGUUUGUCGAAAACCGUAGCCUUGACCGGUGGCUGCACAACAAGAGCAAGCCAUCAGCUGUAUCAGGUUCAGUCCAUCAUGUUGUCCUUGAUUGGCCAAAGAGAUUGCAAAUAGCCACUGGGGUUGCCCAUGGUUUGAGCUACAUGCACCAUGAAUGCUCAACACCUGUUGUUCAUAGAGAUGUGAAAACAAGUAACAUCCUUUUGGAUGCUAGAUUCAAUGCAAAAGUUGCUGAUUUUGGCCUAGCUAGGAUGCUAAUGAAGCCAGGGGAACUUGCCACCAUGUCAUCUGUGAUUGGAUCGUUUGGCUAUAUGGCUCCAGAAUAUGUUCAAACAACUAGAGUCAGUGAAAAAGUUGAUGUCUUUAGCUUUGGGGUUGUCUUAUUGGAAUUGACAACCGGUAAAGAAGCUAACUAUGGAGAUGAGCACUCAUCUCUUGCAGAUUGGGCUACGCGGCACCUCCGGCUAGGAAGCAGUAUUGAAGAACUGCUAGAUAAAGGUAUCAUGGAAUCCAGUUACUUGGAUGGAAUGUGUAAGGUUUUCAAACUUGGGGUCAUGUGUACUGCAACAGUUCCUGAUAGUAGACCUUCCAUGAAGGAGGUGCUGCAUGUAUUGCUCCAUUGUGGCGAACCUUUUGCUUUUGGAGAGAUGAAUAUGGGUCAUUAUGAUGCUGCUCCUCUUCUUAGAAAUUCAAAAAGAGAGCACAAGUUGGAUAUUGAUAAUGAUAGCUAGUUGGCUUCACGAAUUUGGAUUCUCUGCAGUCAGGGAAUUUAUAAAUUCACGCAGUCAAGGAAUCAGAGUCGAUCAAUCAAGGUUAGACGACUCAAAUUGUAAGCUUAUAUCCGCCAUCCGAUCUUGAGGAAACAUAUGACCGACCAAUCUUAAUUGAACAGUUCAGAUUCCUUAACUGUGUGAGUGUAGGAUUGCUGUGAGUGUAUGGAACCCAAAUCCGAAUUAUAGAACUGUAGUCAGUGAAACACAGCCACAGGAUUGCAGAUUUAGAAUAUCAGUACUAUAGAACUAGAACUGCAUGGAAGAUGAUGCAACAUAGAUGUAUUUUGUAAAUUUUAAUUGUAUUUUUCUCCAUAGUAUACUUCAUACUUUUUUUUGUGAAAAAGUUAAACAAUAUUGUGUAUCA